UUGCAAUUGCACAUGUGAAUGCCACGCCGCUGACAGCGACUCCUCCUAUGAUAAUGAUGAAGAAGGGGCCAAGACAGACAGUGCCGACAUCCCGCCCUCUUCUGAGGACCCACGCCCGGAUGCCGACGCCGUCCUCCGCGACCGCUGGGUCACCACACACCAAUCAACUACACACCAAUCACGCCCGGACCUGUCGACGUUUCAACUGCUGGAAGCCGUCCACGGUGCCACGCCCACCAACUCGUGGGCUGGCGGCGACCACACGUCGUUUGUGAGUGCACUAGCGGCACUGGACAGCACCCAGCCGCUGCCCCUUCCCCCCUCCGCCCCAUCCGCCGCCUCUCUUCCCCCCGACCACGUCCAUGCCCUGUUGUACCAGUGUCGGCUCGUACAAAAUGCGUUUCAAAGCCCCCUCGACGAACCAUCUCCGGCGUUGAAGACCAAACCAGGGAAGAUCGAGACGCUGGAGACGCUCAACGGCUGCCCCGCCACGGCGCCGUACUUUUCGCUCUACUUUACAUCGCCAUUGACCAAUCUGGCUGCUAUCGACACAGCGCCGUCCACGUUGGACAUGGCGGCGCUUCUGUCGUCGGUGGAACGCGUGCCAUGCCUUGUGGACGUCCAAGCCGCCGUGCUGUGGCAGGACCUACACCACGGCCCGUUCCCUCAGUUCUUCAUGUCCAACUUCCCCCAUAUCCCGCUGCUGCAACUGCCCACAAAGCGAUUCGUCAAGUUGGAUGCCUCCAUGGCCACGCUGUCCCAGCUUCAGGACACCACGUCCGCUCCGCAAGCCCACAAAGUUGCCACAAGUUAUGUGUCGUUAUACGUGCUAUCACAUGGAAGGGUCCCGUGGAGUGACCUUCCCCACGCGUUCGAGUGUGUUCUGUCCACGGUCGAUCUACACGUGCUGGCUCCGCCGGUUCUCUUGGCGCUGGGGAAAACAGUGUCGCAUGUCCAUCGCGCACUGGCCAACGCAACCACGACCAGUGUCUCAGAUCGGGUGCUGUUGGGGCAGCUGGGCCAAGUACUCGAGAUUUCCCCAGAUCUCUUUGCCACUCUGGACAACACUCACAAGGACGACAAAGUAGAAGAAGCGAUAGCCAAGCCACCAUGUCCAUCAGUUCCACUAAGCUUACCCGCCCCUUGCUUCCCGGUACACCCGCCAGGCAAGGACGUACCCCCGUUGAAGAGCCAUCAACUGUCGGCCAACCAGCCAGCCAAUCACAUCUCUACCCCACACGACAAGAUGGACAAGUGCCAAGAUGUAGUCGAGCACAUUCGAAAGCAUUCGUUUGGGGUUGGCCUGCCUGGCUCGAGUGACACCCGCGCCUUCUUACGCGUACAGCAAGAUCGACUAGAACGAGCGUUGCAGCGCCUGAGUGCCGAAUUGUACUCGACGUCGACGCACUUUGUACUCGAGUUGCUCCAGAACGCCGACGACAACGCGUACGCCCCACACGUGGCGCCGUGUGCCGAGUUUGUCGUGCGCGACGACGCGAUCUCGUUCUUCUGCAAUGAAAUCGGCUUCCAAGCGUCGCACGUUCGCGCACUGUGUGACGUCGGCGCGUCGACGAAAUCGGUGGGUAUGAUUGGUCAAAAGGGCAUCGGGUUCAAGUCUGUGUUUGCCGUGUCCGACUGCCCUGAAAUACAUAGCAACGGGUACCAUGUGCACUUUGACGCCCGCGCCCGAGCCGGUACGUCGCGUUCGUAA